AUGUUUAGUUUGCAACAUCUGGAGCUGAUCUACAUUACCAAGUGUCUCCUGCUAGUGUCCUUAUAUGCAGCAAGUGUACCACAUACGGUUCCUGCUAAAUUUACAUUGAGUAACUUCUUUGAUUCAACCUUAUCAAUGAUUCAUCCUCUUGUUAGUGCUGGAUCUGAUCGAUGUGAAUCUCUCAAAAGCUUUUUGGGUAUAACAUACGAGCAGAUGCAGGUGAAGAACAAAACAAAUUGGUAUGAUGUGUUGAACAUAGAUCUAGUCACUAAGAACGGAAACAUAAAAUACAAUCUGACGGCAACAAGGAGGAUGAACCGGUUGAUGGCUCGAGCUCAGACCAUAGUCAUACUAAUCCAUGGUUUCAUGGAGAGUUCGAAUGGCUGGAUGGUCAACGCUCUAGCACCAGAACUUUUAAAGAAGUCUGUGUAUAAAGUGUUUGCCCUAGACGGAAGGAAGAUCAUCAAUCUAGAAUAUUUUAGUUCUUCUACGAAUGCAAGAUUCAUGGGAGAAAUGCUUGGCAGUUUCUUGAGUGAUGUUAUUAAAAAUGGUGAAGACCCAUCGAAGAUUUACAUCAUAGGCCACAGCUUGGGAUCUCAUAUCGCAGGAAUAGCUGGCAAAAAAGUUUAUGAAGUAACUGGCAAAAGGAUUAGUCGGAUCACAGCAUUGGACCCUGCUGGACCAUGCUUCAGUAACAUUACUGACAGUGGAAGACUUGCCAGGACUGAUGCAGAAUACGUUGAUGUAAUACAUAGCAAUGCAGGCAUAUUGGGUCUCAAAGCGCCUAUCGGCAAACGCCCAGACGGAUUACCUGAUGGUAGGCAAUUAGCGCCGCCCAUGGACACCUGCACCCGCAAGAAGGAGUUACGAGUGCGUUGCCGACCUUUUAGGGAUAAGGGAUUUGGAGAUUUAGGGAUUGAGGAGGGAUUGGGGGUGGGGAAGGAUUGGGCCUCUGGUCGGAAUGCCAAAAUUCUUUCGCUGAUAGAUAGCUACAAUGUUCCUGAGUGCUACAAAACAUCACGCUACAAUCAAAUGGAGCCGAGCAGCGGGUCGGCAAACGAGCAGACGGAUUACCUGAUGGUAAUCAGCGCCGCCCAUGGACACUCGCAACGGAGGAGUUACGAGUGCGUUGCCGAACUUUUAGGGAUUAGGGAUUUGGAGAUUUAG